CUGUCCCAGGAAGCGUCAGGAGCUGUCACUUGUGGCCUUGCAGCGUAACUGCUGAUCUCACCUUUUCCCAGGAGUGUUUGCUUUCUGCUGACAUCUGCCUUUCUCACAGAUGCACACACGAGGCUGCUUCCACAUCACCUACUGCCCCCUCCUCCAGCCCCUGAGCCUCACACCUGUUCUCACACCUGUACUGCAAAGCCAGCAGCACUUUAUUUUUAGUCCAGAUUAUACCCUAACUGGGUCAGCCGGAGCGCAUAGCUUCAGUGGUCCUUCUGCUGGCCCUUGCCUCCAGAUGGACACCUGUCGGCUUUCAACUGGACUGUCCUCCCCCGCCACCCAGCCCGCCGCGGGUUCCCACGUUUUACAGAAUCAGCCCAAAGGUGGGGAAAGUGGGAGCUCCUCUAUCCUCUCUACAACCACUGCCAUCUGCUGGCCAAAUGGUGGUGCAGGGGACAUGGUGUCUCCUCUGCUUGCCUUUCCUUCCCGGACUUGGAGCCUGCAUUACAGAGUCCUGGAGGCCCCCGGAAGCACGCCGACCUGCCCACGUUCUUUGGUGUCCUAGCAACCAGAAGCUCUCACCUGAGCUCCGGCCAGCACAGAGGCCAUUUUCUCUCUGACCGCCAUGACCUGCAGCCUCCCUGGGCCUCUGAGGACCUGUCUGCACAGCUCGUGUGUCCCCUGAAAGCCACCACUUGUCCCCAUGGACACCCAGAAGCCCAGCCCAGCCUCCCCUCCUUGCAGAAUGAGCUUCUCGCUCACAUUCUCUGAGCUGGUCAACAUCGCCAUCCCGCAGUGCGGGGUGGUGAACUUCAAGGCCCUGCACCUCCUGCUCCAGGGCAUCCUGGAGCACAUCCACCUGGCUGAGCUCAAGAAGGUCCUCUCGGGAGACGAGGACUUUCUCCAAACCCCGCUGGCCGCGUUCAUGCCCCGGGAAGCAGACGCCCAGCCCAUCCUGCACCCCAUGAAGAGGCUCAGCAACGUCUUUGACCACGUGGUGAGCCGCGUCGACAAGAUGGAGAGCCAGCUGGCCAUGCUGCAGGACCUGCCAUCCACUUCCCAGCUGCUGGAGGGCAGCCGGGGCAAGGGCCAGCCCGCCCAGGAUCUGUGGCACCUGAUAAAGCUCCGGAAGAUGGUGGAAAGCAAUGAAGAAGCCAUCGCAAAGUCCAUGAAGAUUCUGCAGGAUUUGCUCACUGACAUUUAUGCACUCAAGGUCUCCACUGAAACUCUCAGAAAGGAUAUGGACAAACUGAAGGACAUACUUGAAAAGAUGCACCCAGAAAGAAUGGAUACUUUCUUGGAAGAUCUGAGAGGACAGACCCAGAAGAUAAGUGUGCUGCAGCGGAAAGUGGUUUCUCUCCAGAGCAAGAUCCUUACCAUCCCCAAAGCUGAGGACAUGGUGCUCUGGAGCAGCCUCCAUGAAGCCAUGUUCAGCCCCGGAACUUUAACACAAGGAACCAGUUCACUACGGUUUGAUGAUUCAGAGCUGUUGCAGAUUGUGGAUCAGCCCCCAAAGACAGAUCAUCCCCAGACCAUGGAGUACCCUGAAGCUGUUCGUCGUGUCCCGGUCUCAGGGGUCACCGAGCGCCCCAGGUUACCGGAGUCUGCCUGGCAUUACGAAAUCCUGGAGGAGCUACAGGAGGAGGAAUCUGCCCAAGCUGUUCUACUCGCCGGGGCCCAGGGGCCGGGGCAGCCUCAAGUGCCCGAGCCUGGGUCUGCGCCCGAGCCUGAGCCUGGGCCCGAGCCUGGGUCUGCGCCUGAGCCUGAGCCUGGGCCCGAGCCUGGGUCUGCGCCCGAUCCUGGGCCUGGGCCUGGGCCCACGCGGAGGCCACAGCCUAAGCCCACUCCUGCACCAGGGCCUGUGGUGGGGCCUAGUCUGACACCUGGAUUCCUACUAGCACCUGGGCCUGCCCUCAGACCUGGGGCCGCCCUUGCCCCUGAGGCUGUCUCUGGGCCUGCACCUGCCCCAGGGUUUCAGCCCACACCACCAGCAGGCUGGCAUCUUCCCAGAGGCUGGUCCAGAGCUAGCAGUUGGCCUUCCGGGGUCUCGGGCUCCUUGCAGCUUGGCCCAGACCCAUCAGGCCUCCUGCCUGCACAGUCCCAGGGAUUCAGGGCCCCCCCACCAGCCACGGAGUUUGGCUCCGCUUGGCCCUGUCCACUGUGGUCACAGUCCAGCCACGCACAGGUACAUCUGCUGCCGGCUGUCUCAGAAAAUCAAGAAGAAUAUUUAUCCCACGACAUGCCAGCUCCUCAGGCCAGGACCCCCAGGGCUGAGGACCCCAAAGCAGCACCCCCCAAGGCUCCCCCAUCUGCCCUUCAGCGGUUGAAGACCACCGCCACCAUUGCGGCUGCCGCCGCCGCCUCCUACGCAAAGGCCGCCACAUUGGCAGCCCGGCAAGCUGAGGCCGCCACCAAGGCCAUCAAAAAUGCCCCGGCCACCAAGUUGGCCACCACAGCAACAUCCGUGGCUGCAUCUGGUCCCCUAGGGGUUUUCGCAGACAUCCUGGGCGCGGGAUCUUCCCGUGGGGCCUUGGCCUCUGUGUCCUUGGCUGAGGACACCAAGGCAGAAGACUUGCAGGGGUACAGCGAAGACUUCUAUCCCCCAUACUCUGCUGCCAGCAUCUCCCCCGGUAGGGCCUUGUCCCAGGCCAUGCUGGCUGCCCAGAAUGCCGUGACCACCGAGGAUAAGAAGGAGGCUGUCAGGUACUCCAUGGGCCACAUAGCCCAGAUGCCCAUUAGACACGACUCCCUGAAAGAAGAUUUUAUACAGCUGUCGUCCAGCCUUCAGCAGCGCUUGACUUAUCUAGCUAAUCUGGGAGCCUCUUCUAAGCUCGGCACGACAGUGGACGUACUGGAGGAAAAGAUUGGGAACCUCCAGAGAUCCAGGAUGAAGGAGGAGGAACUUGAAAGAAUUUGGGGCCACCAAAUAGAGAUAAUAAAGGAUCACCACCUCGUGCUGGACAGGGCAGUGGAAAAGCUCCAGACUCGCCUGGGUGACUUGAAGAUUGUCCAUGCUCAAAUUAAAAACCUCGAAAUGCACAAGGUGGACAAAAGUGUGAUGGAGCAGGAGCUGAAAGAGAAAGCCGACAGGAGCACCCUGGCAGGCAAGGCGAGCCGAGCUGACCUGGAGACGGUGGCGAUGGAGCUGAAUGAGAUGAUUCAGAGCAUGCUCUUCAGGGUCGUGACCCACGAGAAUGACUGGAAGAAGACUGCGGAAAAGCUGAGCAAGGACCUGAGCACCAAGCUGGCCCACAGUGAUUUGGAUGACCUGAAGAAAGACGUGGAUGAGGUCUGGAAAAUAGUCAGGAAGCUGCUGAUUGAAGGCCUCCGAUUUGACCCUGACAGUGCUGCUGGCUUUAGGAAGAAACUGUUUGAGCGGGUGAAAUGCAUCUCCUGCGACCGGCCCGUGGAGAUGAUGACCGGCCCGCAACUCAUCACCAUCCGCAAAGCCCACCUCCUCUCGCGGCUGCGCCCCGCCAGUGCCAACAGCUAUGAGUACCUGCAGCGGCAACGGAUGAGGGAACACCAGCAGCUACAGCAGCUUCAGGAUCUUGAAGACCAGGACAGGAGUCUGGAUGCGCUGGGACCCCAGCAGGACUGGGGCGACGGCCCCGGCAAUGAUGCUGACCUCAAGUUCAAGUCCUAUGACUUGUCAACAUUCUACCCCUACGGGGACCCUGAGGUGUUGGACUAUGACACAGCCGAGGUGGACAUUCUGGGAGUGGACGGGAUCCUGUACAAGGGCCGAAUGAUCAACCAGGAUGGGGCACGGCCUUCGACGGGCGUGGAGAAGGAGCUGGCAGCUGUGAAGGUUCCGCAUCCCCCAACUCGAAGCCUGUAUGAUCGUGAACGCCCGAGUGCCUUGUUUGGUGCCAUCUACCCCCGCCUGCACCCCCACAAGAGUGUGUGCUCAAACACCUCGGGCUCCCAGCCUCCGAUGCCAGCUCGGCCUCCAUCGCUGCCGCCCCUGCCCCUGCUGCCGCCACUGACGCCAUCCCAGGGGGACCCCCAGCAGGUCCCGCGGUCUGCCCGGCACACACGGCCUCUGCGCCUCGAGUCCCGAGCCAGCACGCAGCCUGCCAACCCGACUGUGUCUAAAUGAGGCCAAGCUUUUCCUGACCCAGGUGACUUACCUGUCCCAGACACCUUGGGGGGCACCGGCUGGUGCAGUCCUGGACCCUGCACCCACCCCCGUAUCACAGAUGAGUAUUUUUGGCACGUUCUCCCCAUAAUAAAAUCUUUCACUUUUUUGACUGUG